AGACGUCACAGCGCUAAAGUUGUGUCCAGGUAGCGAAGCUUAGCUACUUUCACUAGUGAGGGAGGCAGAGGAACGAAAGUGAAAGGCUGCUUCAGCAUCGUGCUUCAACGCCCUGAUUUGGUUUGAAUAAACAUUAAGAAGCUGAGAGCUAGCUAGCGACGACCUUUCUGCUCCCACUGGGAUGAACCAGCUGCGACACUACAGCUCAGGGAAUAAUAUCAACAGCUGUGACAGUUUGAAGUUCUGUCCGAUCGAAUCCGUCUGAGAGCAUGGAUGGUGGAACUGCAGAUGUCCAGGCAGAGUUGGACUCUGUUGAGGCUGAGCUGGAGGUGGUGGAACUGCAGAUUGCAGAGCUCCUGCAGAAGCAGACUGAGCUGACAUCUCGGAAAAAUGCACUGCUGCAGCAUCUGGAGGAGGCCUGUGAUGCUGCACAGCCGUCAUCCUCUUCGUCCUCGUCUUCGUCAAAGUCGUCUGGAGCUGAUGUAGUAAUGAGCAAGCAAGAGCUGCAGCGCUAUGAUGGCACAGAUUUUGCAUGGUCCAGAGAGGUUGAGCAGCACCUGAAGGACUCGUUCCAUCUCUCCAAGUUCCGACCGCUGCAGCUGAGAGCUAUCAACCUGAGCCUGACAGGCCGGGAUCUGUUCCUGGUGAUGCCUACAGGAAGAGGAAAGAGUCUCUGUUACCAGCUGCCUGCAGUCUGCUCCAAGGGGUUUACGCUGGUCGUCACUCCCCUGGUGUCCCUGAUGGAAGAUCAGAUCAUGUACCUGAAGUCCAUUGAGGUGUCGGCUGUCAUGCUGAAUGCAUCCAGUAGCAAGGAGCACGCAAAGACAGUCAUGGCUGGAAUGAUUGAUCCAAAGACCCCUUUCAAGCUGCUUUACGUGACUCCAGAGAAGAUUGCCAAGAGCAAGCUGCUAAUGUCUCGUCUGGAGAAAGCCUACAAUGCAAACCUGCUCAGUCGCAUCGCUGUGGACGAGGUGCACUGCUGCAGCCAGUGGGGUCAUGACUUCAGGCCAGAUUAUAAGCUGCUGGGCAUCCUCAAGAGGCAGUUCUCCAAAGUCCCUCUGCUCGGCCUCACAGCCACAGCAACCAGCAGCGUCCUCAAGGACUGCGAGAAGAUCCUGUGUGUGUCAAAGCCAGUCACACUGACUGCCUCCUUCAAUCGAACUAAUCUGUACUAUGAGGUUCGUAUUAAAGAUUCUGACAACGAUGCAUCAAUAAGCGACAUUACUUCUCUGAUCAAGAGCAGAUACAAGGACCAGUCAGGGAUCGUGUAUGUGUUCUCUCAGAAGGAUGCAGAAUCAGUGGCAGCUGAACUCCAGAAGCGAGACAUCCAGGCGUACCCCUACCACGCUAACAUGGACCCUGAUGACAAGUCCCGAGUUCACCGCAAAUGGACCUCCAACAAAAUCCAGGUGGUGGUAGCCACAGUGGCAUUUGGCAUGGGCAUCGACAAGCCUGAUGUCCGGUUUGUUAUCCACCACACCAUCAGCAAGUCCAUCGAGAACUACUACCAAGAGAGUGGACGUGCAGGUCGAGACGAUCGUCCAGCAGACUGCAUCGUCUAUUUUGGCUUCGCUGAUGUCUUCAGGAUCAGCACCAUGGUGGUAAUGGAGAAUGUUGGUCAACAGAAGCUGCUGCAGAUGGUCGACUACUGCCAGAACGUUGACAGGUGUCGACGCUCCCUCAUGGCUGUUCACUUUGACGAGGUGUGGGACGAUGAAGGAUGCAACCAGAUGUGCGAUGCAUGCCGCCAUUCAAAAGGUGUGGAUUACACCAACGUGGACAUUACAGAGUACGCCAGGCAAGUGGUGCAGAUCGUGGAGCUGGCAACAUCCAUGGAUGAGAAGCUGACCCCCCUGAAGCUGGUGGAGGCGUGGAUGGGGAAAGGCCCAGCCAAGCGCCGCAAGAUGAUCCAAACCACUACGCUGCCUCGGCACCAGGCUGAAACCGUGAUUGUUCGCUUGCUGCUGCAGGGAUACCUCAGAGAGGACUUUAGCUUCACUCCGUACACCACCUACUUCUACGUGAAGCUGGGCCGCAAAGCGCCUCUGCUGAAGAGCCAGACUCUCACAGUGAGCAUGAAGAUGAGGACGGCAGGGACUGGAGCUGCUGUGGUAAAAGCUGCGAGUGGCCAGGGCAAAUCCAAAGAGGGAAAGAGAUCAGUUCAAAGCGCUGGAGACGCCCCUGUGUCCAAGAAAGUCAAGAAAGACCUCCCCUAGCCCCCCUGUCACCCCACCCAGAAGACAAGUUGGCAAAGACACAU